CUCGGGGAUAAAGCUUCUCUUUGACCAGUCCCUCUGAGCUGAAGCAGAGGAAUAAUCAGAAAGGGAAAGGGAAGGGGACCGACAGUAGGGAUCCAUCAUUACCCAGAAACUAAACAAGAAUGUUUUUCGAGCAGUUCGGAGGCAAACAACAAACCCCUGAAGGCAGCAUGGAUACACGUUAUAUAUACGAACUUUUAGGCGAAAAUGCCUGGUACUACAUCGCAGCUUCCUUGGCCUUGCUGUGGAUUCUCGUGUGGCUGUACAGAGACAGCCUGGAGAUAGAGAACGUCUCUGACAAGUAUGUCUUCGUGACCGGCUGCGACACAGGGUUUGGGAACCUCCUGUGCAAGAAGCUCGACCGUAAGGGUUUCCGCGUUCUGGCCGGCUGCCUCACAGAGAAGGGGGCUGAUGAUCUGAAAAGAGCGUCGGGUCCUCAUCUUAAGACGAUCCUGCUGGACGUGACCAGUCAGGACAGCAUCCAGACUGCCAUGGAGUGGACCAAGAAGGAGGUCGGUGAUAGAGGACUUUGGGGUGUUGUGAACAACGCUGGACGUUCCUUACCCAUGGGUCCUUCGGAGUGGAUGAAAGUGGAGGAUUUCCACAGCACUCUGAAAGUGAACAUGAAUGGAGUCAUUGCCAUGACCAUGACCUUCCUGCCCCUCAUCAAAAAGGCCCGUGGACGUAUCGUAAAUGUGGCGUCUGUCCUCGGCAGGGUGGCUGCGAAUGGUGGCGGGUACUGCAUCUCCAAGUUUGCUGUGGAGAGUUUCUCUGACUGCCUUAGGAGAGAUAUAAACUACUUUGGAAUCAAAGUGUGCAUCAUCGAGCCGGGGUUUUUCAAGACAGCUGUGACCAGCCUGGAUCCCAUCGAGAGGGAGCUGCACCGUCUCUGGAACCAGCUCAGCCCCGAAGUCAAAGCAAGCUACGGAGAAAAGUACCUGGACAGCUACAUCAAGAUUCAGCGUCUGAUCAUGAAUGCAGUGUGCGACUCAGACCUCACCAAGGUGACCAGCUGCAUGGAGCACGCUCUGACCGCGGCUCACCCGCGCACUCGAUACAGCGCUGGCUGGGAUGCCAAGCUGCUCUGGAUCCCUCUCUCCUACAUGCCUUCCUUUGUAGUUGAUAUCGGACUGAAGCUCGUGCUGCCUCGUCCCUCCAAGAGCGUGUAGCUCGUCAAGACUCCAAUGAAAUGCCUCAACAUUUUUCUUUUGCCUUUUUAUGCCAUCUUGUAACUGUUUCAUGCAGUUCAAAGCUUGUCCAUAAUCCGCACUGUCCAUUCAAUGAUCAGAGAUUGCUGUCUUUCUAUGUACUUUGUGUAUAUUAUACUGUAUACCAUAGUACUCAUAUCUCAGUUUUUAUAUUUGCAUAAUUUGUCAAGAAACAAUGGUCUGUUUCCAGUGCUUUCAAUAAAGAGUAAAGUUGC